GACGUCACAUCCUGCGCUUGCAGAAUAAUGGUUCCCUGGCUGCAAGUGGAGGUCCUGGGGUGGGCGGGGGUGUAACGACUGAUGGCCCGAUCCGGCGCGGUGUGAGAAGCGGACGCUGGAGCAGGCUGUCAGAGAGAGAGAGAGCGCGAUCGUCCCAGCUCCUUCUAAAUUGUACAAAGAUGGACAGUGAGGUACAGAGAGAUGGGAGAAUACUGGAUUUGAUUGAUGAUGCAUGGAGGGAAGAUAAAUUACCAUAUGAAGAUGUGGCAAUACCUCUGAAUGAGCUUCCUGAGCCAGAGCAAGACAAUGGUGGCACAACCGAAUCUGUGAAAGAACAAGAAAUGAAAUGGACUGACUUGGCUUUGCAAUAUCUUCAUGAGAACAUUCCUCCAACAGGAAAUUAGUCUAUCAGUAAUACCUCCUGUAGUGGUUUCUCUAGAAAAUGUUUCUGGCAACUUUUCAUCACUCUGAGAUGGAAAGAAAAAUUCCUGUUCCUGGGUCAGGGAUCCAACUUCUGGCUGCACAAAGCUCUUUGAUAUUUUCUAGAAAUUUGAAGUAUUAGGGUUUGGGUCAGUUUGUUUUUAGUGAUGUCUCAAGAUUAGAUUAUGCAAUAGGAUCCAAUAAUACAAAAUCAUAUCACUGUCAUAAUAAAAAUAAGCAAAAUGUAGGUGGUAAA